UUUUUCCAUUUUUUUUCCUGCCUUUCCACUGAUUUCCUUUUUAUCGUUGUUGCUAGUUAUUGAUAUUAUUGCUACUAUGAUGGUGGUGACUGUGACUUUGAUGAUGUGUUGCUGAUGGUGGUGAUUUAAAAAAAAUGACUGCUGAUUUUUAACCGGAUGAAAAUGGAGUUUUUCUGAGUGGUCCUUAACUGAUUUUGGGUUUUUAACCCCUUGGGGGGGAAAAAAACACGACAGCAAGGUUUUUAAAACCCAUUUUUUAUUAUUUAAAAAAAGUGGAUUGAUCGCGUUAACUCUUUUUUCCCUCCCUCCCUGAUCACCUGGCUGCUGAGAAUGGAACCUGCUUUCUCCAGAACUUGUUUGAACAUCUCAGGAAGUUCCUACACUUUUUUUAUUUUUUUAUUUUUAAUUUUUAAUAUUUUAUUUCUAUGCAAUUUUUCAACUGUUGCUGCAGUGUGUCUGUGGUGCUGAUCGCUCCCUAGCAGUGACAGCCCUCCCUCCCAUGCCCCCCCUUCCAGUUCCCAUCCCAAUCUUUUCCUCCACACCGCCCCUUCCCUUACAAACCGCCAUCAUGGACGCCCAGUCUGGAGCAGCAGUGGUGGCUGUCAGCGGAGCCUCACACGGAGCAGACACCAACCCAUCUGGGCUGAUGAACCUUUCUGCUCCAGCUGCGUGGGUGAGCCAUGGCCAGCAACGUCACCAACAAAACGGACCCUCGUUCCCUGAACUCGCGUGUCUUCAUUGGGAACCUCAACACACUGGUGGUGAAGAAGUCUGAUGUGGAGGUCAUCUUCUCCAAGUACGGCAAGAUCGUGGGCUGCUCCGUGCAUAAGGGAUUCGCCUUCGUGCAGUAUGUGAACGAGCGCAAUGCUCGCGCCGCUGUGGCGGGAGAAGAUGGCCGGAUGAUUGCAGGCCAGGUUCUAGACAUUAACCUGGCUGCCGAGCCGAAGUUGAAUCGGGGCAAAGCUGGGGUGAAGAGAUCGGCCACAGAGAUGUACGGGUCAGUAGCAGCACCACCUUCUCCGUCCCCUCUAGUCAGAUCCUCUUUCGACCUGGAUUAUGACUUCCAGCGUGAAUACUAUGACAGGAUGUACAGUUAUCAGGCCCGGGUUCCACCUCCACCUCCCAUUGCCAGGGCUGUGGUACCUUCAAAACGCCAGCGGGUUUCUGGCAAUACCUCCCGCAGGGGCAAGAGCAGCUUCAACUCUAAGAGCGGGCAACGGGGAUCUUCUUCCAAGUCUGGAAAGUUGAAAGGAGAUGACCUGCAGACUAUUAAGAAGGAGCUGAGCCAGAUCAAGCAGAAAGUGGAUUCCUUGCUGGAGAGCCUGGAGAAAAUCGAGAAGGAUCAAAAACUGAAGAACGACAAGUCGGAGGAGGAGCAAAGUAGCAUCUCACUAAAGAAAGAAGAGAGCAACGUCAAGAUGGAGUCGGAGGCCGGAGCCGACGACUCGGCUGAGGAAGGGGACCUGCUGGAUGAUGACGACAAUGAAGACCGGGGAGAUGACCAGCUGGAGUCCAUCAAGGGUGAUGACAAGGAGCCUGAAGAAGGGGAAGAUGACAGAGACAGCGCCAAUGGCGAAGACGACUCCUAAGAGCCCUGCCCUUCGCUCCUCCUCCUCCUCCUCGGCAAACACAGCGUUCUUCUGAUAUUGAGCCUCUCUCCAGCCCCUUGCAGGCUGCCUCCUCACUGCCCUCCUCCCCUCCCUCUCAACAGCCCUCACCCUGCGUGUUCAUGAUGUUGUGUCUUCUGUUGCAUACCCUUUCCUCAAACUCUUCCCAGUAGUUAUGUUAAAUCCCAUGUAAUUCUCCUCUUUUAAUUUUGAUACCUCUUUAUUGAUUUAACAAUUAAAAAGGACGUAUUGUUUUUA